CUCUCAUGGCCGGCGAUAUCGAGCAGGAUUCAUCCCCAGCCUCGGAUAGCGACUGGGCCUCGGCGGAUGAGGCAUCGCUAGAUGUGACUUCGUUGGCAUCGAGUGUUCUGAACUAUGAGUAGGUGCAUCCUCAUCCAGUCUUCAUUGCGUAUACAUCUCCAGAUAAGCACUGACAACAGCAUACACAGGUACAAGGUAAGACUCGCGCAAACCAAAUCACUCAUGAUCUCCGGUACGAAAGAUAAAUGAGCGCAGAAUGGUCGAAGAUAUCACGCCUACCGCUCAGGCGCAUAUUUAAUGCCAAACGACGAGGAGGAGCAGGACCGCAUGGACCUCCUCCAUCAUAUAUACGCCCUGAUCCUCGAUGGCGAGCUGCACAUGGCGCCGAUCAAGUCCGAUCCGGAGCGAGUCCUCGACUUGGGAACGGGGACCGGGAUCUGGGCAAUGGACUUUGCUGAUCAGUAUAAAUCUGCGGAAGUAUUAGGAAACGAUCUCAGUCCCAUCCAACCGACCUGGAUCCCCCCAAACCUCCAAUUCGAAGUCGAUGACUUCGAAGCAGAUUGGGUCUAUUCACGGCCCUUCGACUACAUCCACGGUCGCGAACUAGCAGGCGCAGUCAGCAACUUCGAGAAACUCUUCCGACAAGCCUUUCGCCAUCUAAAACCGGGUGGAUACUUCGAGAUGCAGAGCUUCCGCGUCGAGGUAUACGCCGACGACGACUCCCUCAACCGAGCACCAUAUACCACGAAAAUGUGCUCGUUGAUGCAAGAAGCCAGUGUCAAGUUCGGAAAGCCAAUGGCAAAUAUGGACGAGUGGGCGGAUAGAUUGACCAAGGAGGGGUUCGAGGAUGUGACGUGCAGGAUUAUCAAAGUGCCCAUUAGUCCGUGGCCGCUGGAUAAAAAGCAGAAGGACAUUGGGAAGUUCUUUCAGGCGCAGCAGAUGCAAGGCAUUCAAUCGUACGUGCCGGAGUUGUUGCAAAACCUUCUGCAAUGGGGCGCGGACGAGGUUGAGGUUUUGAUGGCAGGGGCGAGGAAGGAGUUGUUGGAUACCACAAUUCAUCAGUAUGGGAAGUUGUAUUUUGUGUAUGGCAGGAAGCCAAGUCGAUAGGUUUGGCUUACAUGUCGGAUCCAUUGUUGGAGUUCUAUGUGUUGUUUAUUUCCAUGAAGUCAUGAUGAGAAUAAUGAUAGUCGAUUCAAGAUCUUGAGGUUGUUAGCUUGGAAACUGGUCACUCUGAACAAUACAGAUCGGAGGUUGAAUAGGUUACUGUGAGCCCGUGCCAUUUUGUAUUCUAUACUACCUUCUAUGGGUAAAUCUAUGUUUUAAUAUCUUGAGAUUCUAGAUAUAUCCAAGAUUUCGUUAAGUAGAAGAGUACUAUGCAAAACAGGUCCAACCACAUUCCUGCUCCACAUAUUCGAGUUGUUUCGAAGCAAUGGAAUACUACGAUCGAUAGACCAAAAGUAUUGCUAAGUAAUAGCUCCACCGGAGAAGCUCUCAAGGAAUACAUUCC